AUGUCGGUGCUGCACGAAACGACGCGCAUGGAGUCGAGAGCAUCCAGUUCGGCAGGCAGUCGAGCAAUGUCACCCGAGACUCCUCCGCAGAUCGAUCUGGGCUUCGACCCGUCGCUUACGAAGGGCUUCAGCGGCCUGUUUCCGUGGGUUCAGCAGCCGACGGCUUCAGAGCGACCAGAGGCGAUCGAGUCCGAGACGGCUGGCCACGAACAUAGCGAUUUGGCCGCAUUCGAUCGCAGAACAUCAGUGCAGCUCACUGGUGCGCAGUUGCAGACGCUGGCACCCAAUGCACAUGCAGAAGCACAUAGUAUGGCACAGAACGAGGCAGCUCCACCUCAGGACGCCAGACACAUCCUCGCAUUACCGAAGCAAGACGAUGCACAGUCGAUUCCGUCUGUUAGCCCUAUUGCUGGUUCAGUCGAGCAAAACCUCAACGUUAUGAGCUCCGCCAUGGCGUAUACGACGAGCCCAGCUAGUGGCCAUACAGCCUCUCAUGCCCCAAGCGAUCAGCACCAACCCAGCUACCCGGCGGUACAUACGAGCACUUCCACAGCACAAAGUCGGCAGUCACACAACCUCGCCCAGCAGGGUGACCUUGGUCCAUCACUGUCGCGCGAUGACCAUGCCCGUCGAUCCUGGGCCAGCAGCUCUCAACCCCAACCGAGCAUUCCUGUGCACACACCAGAGACCCCAGCAGAGCAUCUACAACCUUCCACAUUCGCGACAUACGACUUGUUUGAGGACGACAAGCUGCCCGGCUUCCGCGUGUCGGGAAGCGGAUCCGCACGCUACGGUGUGCGUGUUCCGCGCAAGGUGGCCGGUUGGAAAGCGGUGUUGACGGACCUCGCGCCCAGCAGCCAAGACGUCACCAAAAAAGACAGACGGGAGAGCAAGCUGGGCCGACAGGGCUGGGAGGUGCGCCAAGAAGCCAUGAAGAACAGCUACGAUUUCAGGCGCGGCUCGGGUAUCCUCGCCACCAUGCACGCGGGGCAUCGGCUGUUCAAGCACGACUGGCACCUCAUUCUCAAGGACGGAUCGCGCUUCGUGUGGAAGAUGGACAAGCAUGCGCUGGCGCUCUUGCGCUGCGUGGGCGAGAGCGAAGUACAGGUGGGCGAGUUCAGAAAGGCGGUUCCGACCACCUCGAGGGCUUACGGCAUCAGCAUCGAGGUGGAUCCGACGACACGGAUUGGCUCGUUUGCCUACGACAGCUCAGACGAGGAGGACAUCUUUGACGCGGGUCUGGCGUUGGCUAGUCUGGUGGCGGUGUUUGCGGCGCGUGGGGGCUAUGCGCAUGUAUCAGCGGCCUUCGAAGCGUCCUCGGACCCCAUGCGCGAUUGGCUCGAACAGAAGCGCCAAGCACGCCCGGACCGCGAAGAGGAGAUGCUCGCCAUGCCGCUACCUGGCUUUGUUCGAGACGCCGAAUCGGUGCUGUCCGACACCACGGACGAGGACGCCGACUCGGUCACCAGCGACGCGCUCCCUCGACGACGAGCUGGGGCGGCACCUACACAAGUGCCAAGGGACAUGGUCUAUGACGAUACAAGAGCCAGCGGCCCGGAGCCCCGCACGCAAAGCAAAGGCGCCAAGCGCCUCUCGAAGCUCUUUGGUCUCGGCAGCGGCCCAGCUAGGCGCCAGAGCGAAGACAGCGCAGCCACCACUGCAGAUCGCAAAGUCAAGGAGAAGGAGAAAGCAGCCAUGACAGAGUCGCAACGCAUCGCACGCCAGUACCGCACACGCAGCUUCUUUGCUGGACGUUGA